GCGAGAUAGAAAUUCAGAAUACCCGUUUCCGUUCACCUUGUGCGUUAGCUACAUCGUACAAAAUUGUUUUCCUUCAUGGGACACAGGCGGGAGCAAGGACUAACAAGCACAGGUGUCGGACAUGCGUACGUGCGGAACUUGCCUUUUUAUGUCAAGAUUCACAAGGGUGUGUCUCUGCCCCCUCUGCUCCAGCGUUCUACCCUGGUGUCCACCAGUGGUCAUUUCUCUGUGACGUCGCACUCCGAACACGACAGGAAGCCUCAGACAGGGCCUCUGGCCAACCCACAGCAUCCCAAGGCCUCUCCACUCUGGAACACACACUUCCUCAAUGCGCUGGCACAAAGGCGCAGGAACUGUGGGACGGUGCAUUUACUCUCUCGGCCAAUCAGUGAGAUGCAGGACAGCUACAGGGGCCAGACUGCUCCACAGGGCCCCAUGGUGGACCACUACAGCACCCUCCGGCUUGAUCCAGACCAGGCCCUGACUGUGACAGCAGAUCCGUGUGUCAGCACAGCUCAUGCAGACUACAGGAUAUAUAGCAGGUCAGAGAUUGCCCCUCCCUCUGGUCAGGAAGCCCCUACCUCCAACCUCAGCCUGACCAAGAGCUCCACCCACAACCGGCUGCCAGCCCACAAAGCCCCUCCCACCGUGUCCUGCCAUCCUCGUCUGCCCCGUCCCACAGUGCCCCUCCCCUACACAGGGAAACACAGCCUGUACAGGGAGAGCUUCCAGGUACCCUCCCCUCACCCUGCUCCCUCUGCAUCUAUACCUGGACCAGCCAGGGCUGGGUUUGGAGGGGGAGGAGCCCAGAGAGGGCUUCUCAGAGACAUCCUCGAGGUCCCCAAAAUGUAUUUAACAGAGAAUCAGGCCUACGGGGGAAACCGGACUGUGCUGGUCUGAGACCAUGCUGCAUAAUACUGUUCGCAGUGUCUUUGUGUGAAUGUGAAUUAUAACUGCCUGUCUGUUUUUAACUGGAUGUCCCUAGAUGCUAAAUCAAGUUUACAAGGCCCGUGACAUCUCUUUGGAUUCCAGUGUCUACAUGAUCAUUUAUUAAUGGCUUAAUAAACGGGGCAGGCAGUACUUGAAAAGGACCGUAGUCAUCGUU